AUGUUGACCUUGUAAGUCAGGCACUGAGGGAGGAAGAACAUUGGGAAAUGCCUUGCCACCAAAAUCUGCCUUCCUCCUUUCCUCCCUCCCAUUCACUCCAGAAAUCCUCUAUUGUGGGAUAACCAAAAUCACAAAAAUGAGUGCAAGGUCUCACCUACAUGGGAUCUUGUCCAUGUUUGUUACGGUGCAUCCUCAUGAGACCUCCGCUCUGCUCCAUUCCUCCUCCUGCUUCUUCUUCAUUUUGAGUGCCUACUUUGUGGUUCUUCCGCUACGCGAUGAAGGGGCAAUUUCUUUGGGGUUAUCGAAGCUCCCGGGGCUUUUCGUGGGAUCUCUGGCGCUCACUUUGGUGGCAGCGCCUGUUUCCACGCUAAUUUUCUCGUUGCCCAAUCUCUCGAAAGCUAAGGCUUUGGUUUUGAUACACAGGUUUUUUAGUGUGUCUCUUGUGGUAUUCUUUGUUCUGUGGCAUUCUUCCUCAGCUGGACAUUCAUCAUCCAAAUGGAAGGGUUCGGAUUUUGUAUCCUCGACUUUAAAAGAGGACUCAGAGGUUGAUGUGAGUCAACCUGGUGCUGAACAUUCAGUGAGUUGGGAUGUCCAUGGAUGGUUUUAUGUCUUAGUGAGAAUUGGCUUGUUUCUUUGGGUUUCUCUUCUUAAUCUUAUUACCAUAUCUUCGACUUGGGCUAGAAUAAUAGAUGUGAUGGACAGUGAGUCAGGCUUGAGAUUGUUUGGGUUCAUUGGUGCUGGUGCUACCCUUGGCCAACUUUUUGGGUCAUUGUUUGCCACAGGAAUGGCUUGGUUGGGACCAUUUUUGCUCCUAUUUGCUGCUCUUUUGAUGGAACUUGCUGCACAGUCAUCAAAAGGGAUCAUUCAACACAUAUCUCAUACCAGUGAAGAAAUGUCUCUCAUCAGAAAAGCUGAUCCAGAUCAACAGAAUGAAGCUGAUGGGCAGGCUGCACCUGUUAAAAAAGGAUCUUCUCCUAAAUCACCUACUUCUUUGAUGAACCCUCAGAUUUGGGCCAUGUUAGAUGGACUUCGACUUAUAUUGUCCUCGACUUAUUUGCUAUAUGUGUCUUUGUUCUUGUGGCUGAGUGCAGUUGUAUCAUCAUUCUUUUAUUUUCAGAAAGUGACUGUAAUUGCCAUGACUGUUUCAACCCCUGUUGAGAGAAGAAAGUUGUUUGCCCAGAUCAAUAGCUUUAUUGCUGUUUUUAUCCUUGCUGGACAACUUACCUUAACGGGACGCAUCCUUACAAUUGCCGGGGUUACUACAGCCAUUUGUUCUACUCCAUUUGUUUCCUUUACAAAUUUGGUUGCUAUUGCUGUAUGGCCAACUUGGUUUGCUGUUGCUAUCUCUGAAACUGUCCGGAAGGUGGUUACUUAUGUUGUAACAAGACCUGGAAGAGAACUCCUGUUUACUGUUGUCUCACAGGAUGAGAAAUACAAAGCUAAGGUAUGCAUAGAUGUAAUUGUUCAAAGGCUUGGAGAUGCUACAGCUGCUGGAAUGUACAAGCUGCUAUUCAGCACCCUUAAUGGGAGAACAUCAACCGUCUCUCUAUAUGCCCUGCCUGUCUGUCUAUUGUGGAUAGUGACAGCAUUCCAUUUAGGAUACCGGCAAGCACAACUUGCGAAGCUCCAGACCGUCUCCACCACCUGAAAUAUUCCUAGUGAUGAUAUCUUGUACAUCUGUUGUAGAUUAUAAACCCUAUAAAAAUCACAUCUUUCCCAAAGAUUCUAUAGAGGUCUGUCUUGUUUUGAUAGGUGUCUUUUAUUUUGGUUCCUAUGAUCGUUUUUUCUGUGGAAGGAAAAUCAUGUGGACACUCCAUGUAUAUGCUUGGCUGAGCAGGAACCUUGUUAGAAACUAUGUUUAAUUCAAAUAGGUGCCACUAAAUGACUAAUUCACUGAAUUUGUUCAGACAAUUUCAGGUUCAAUUCUCAA